AGCGUGUCAUGUUUACUUUCUUUAUGCGGUGUUUUAAAUGGUAUUUUAACCUUUGUAAACAAGUUAACAUCCCUCGUACUUAAAAAGAGAACUUCCCUGUUUCUGUGUGCGUUAGCGGUGACGUCUUAUCCAUAAGUUAAUAUAACAACUAGGGUCUAAUACACUCGACAGAUCGUUAUGUCUAAAGCUGUGCCUCCUCUCCGCAUUCUUUGUAUUCACGGUUAUCGACAAAAUGGAAGCUCUUUUAGAGAGAAGACAGGAGCUUUACGCAAACUAUUAAAAAAACAAGUGGAGCUGGUGUACAUUAGUGCACCACACAAAGUUCCAGCCAUUCAAAAUGAAACCAAUCAGGAGCCAGAGAAGGCUUGUGGCGGUGAUGAGGACCAGAGGGGCUGGUGGUUCUCUAAUAUCCAGGCACGCAGUUUUAAAGCACAGGAGGAGUGUGAGGGCAGCCUGGGACUGGAGGACAGUGUGGAUACUGUGAGGACUGCAGUGAAGGAACUUGGUCCUUUUGAUGGCAUCCUGGGAUUUAGUCAGGGCGCUGCCCUGGUAGCCAUACUGUGUGCCCUACAGGAGCAAAAACAAGAGCCUGAUUUUAAUUUCCGAUUUGCCAUCCUUGUUGCCGGAUUCCGCAGCACUUGUUCCCAGCAUCAGCGGUUCUAUGAAGGGCCAUUAAUAGCAAUUCCCUCACUGCAUGUGUUUGGACAAGAUGACCGAGUGAUUCCAGAGAAGAUGAGUCAAGAUCUGCUGCCAGUGUUUGAUGGAGUUCAAACCCUCAUUCAUCCGGGUGGACACUUUAUUCCUGCAGCAUCCCUACAUAGGCAGUCUUAUCAGGACUUCCUCAAAAAGAUUCAAUGAGAGAAUCAAAUGAUAGCUAUUUUUAUGGAGGAAUGUUAAUGAAAUGUAGUAAAAAGUGAAUUAUAAUAGUAAUCUAAUGCUGUUCUCAGGGGAAAACACUGUGGAAUAAAGACUUUCUCAAGUA